AUGUCUAUUAUUAGCAAUAAAAGAAGUCUGGAAAUAGAAUCUAUCAAAGUUGAUAACCAUAAAGGUAAAUGGAGCCAAGAGAUGUUUUUAAAGCAGUUAGAGACAAUAACAGCUUCAAAACUUUCAAACCAUGUUGUUAGUCGUUUAAGCUACCAAGAAAUUAUAGACCUCAAAUUAGUUUUUGACGCAUUUGAUAUCGAUGAAGAUAGAUCAUUGGAAUGUCAUGAAAUGCAACGAGCAUUAAGAGUGCUAGGCUACAGGUUAAAAUUAGACGCUGUUCAGGUGGCGAAAUGUUCCGCUAGUCAAUUUUCAUUCAAUGACUUUCUGGAGUUCAUUAGUGAUCAAGGCGUUAAUGAUAGAGGAACUUUCGAUGAAAUUUCUCAGGCAUUCGACUUAUUUGACUAUGAUAAAAGUGGAAAAAUAACUUUAGAUAAUCUAAAGCGAGCUGAAAGAGAAUGUGGAAUGAAAUUAUCUGAUCACGAAUUACAGAAUAUGAUUGAUGUAGCUGACUGCGAUGGAGAUGGUCAGAUUAGUAAAGACGAAUUUAUGAUAAUCAUGCAGAAAACUUGCAUGUUUUCAAACUAG